GCCAAUCACCGAGCUCCUCAUCUUUCCCAAGACUCGUGCACCCCCAAUAGCAAUAAGGGGAGGGCAUAAAGCUGCAGAGAGGGCUGGCCGGGUAGGGACUGCAGGCAAACCGAGGCAGAUCAGGGGAGGGGGCUUCCCCAGGUGUUCUGAAGCUGGAGUGAGAUCCCUCUUGGUGACUGUCCAGUGGUGCAUCGUCAAGGAUAUACUAUGUGGAGCGCAUUGAGGGGACCAAAUUGUGUUGUAUUAACAUAUUUCCAUUAGUCAAAUUGUGCACACGAAUACUUCAUCAUCAAAGGUGCCAUAAGAAUUUCCACGGAGUUUGAAAGAUUUAUAUGAAUAUUUCAUAAACUUUGAAUAACGACAAAAAUGUGGCCCUUUAUAACACAGAUAUUAAUGUACUUCUUCCUCUGCUGGGCGGAGGAAGGUAAAAGAUAUGGACCAGUUUUUGAAGAGCAGCCAAUUGACACCAUUUAUCCUGAAGAAUCUUCAGAUGGGAAAGUUUCAAUGAACUGCCGAGCCAGAGCCAACCCUCCACCCAUUUACAAAUGGAGGCUAAAUAACUAUGAAAUUGAUCUUAAAAAAGAAGAACAUUACAGUAUGGUUGGUGGGAACCUUGUUAUCAAUAAUCCACACAAAUCGAAGGAUGCAGGAACGUAUGUUUGCAUAGUGUCAAAUAUUUAUGGUACCAUCUGGAGUAAUGAAGCCACAUUAAAUUUUGGAUAUCUUGAUACAUUCCCUUCUGAAGAGCGAUAUGAAGUGAAAGUUAAAGAGGGUACUGGAGCUGUCUUAAUAUGUGAUCCUCCGCCACAUUUUCCAGAUGAUCUUAGUUACCGCUGGCUGCUAAAUGAAUUCCCAGUAUUUAUUACUACAGACAAACGGCGCUUCAUUACACAAACAAAUGGAAAUCUGUAUAUUGCAAAAGUAGAACAAUCUGACAGAGGCAAUUAUGCAUGUUUUGUAACCAGCCCUUCAAUUACAAAAAGUGUAUUCAGCAAAUUCAUUCCACUGGUACCACAAGCUGCAAUACAAAAACGUUUUUCACCUGAUAUAUCAGUUGGCUUCAAAGAUACCUAUGCACUGAAAGAGCAAAAUGUGACUCUAGAAUGUUUUGCUCUUGGAAAUCCUGUUCCAGUAAUCAAAUGGCGAAAGAUUGGGGAGCCACUGCCAGCUUCACAUGAGAUAAGUAUGUCUGGUGCUGUCCUUAGGAUAUUUAAUAUACAACCUGAAGAUCAAGGAACAUAUGAAUGUGAGGCUGAAAACAUAAAGAGCAAGGAUUCACACAGAGCAGCAAUUUAUGUUCAGGCUCAGCCAGAAUGGGUAGAACAUAUCAAUGAUACCGAAAGAGAUAUUGGCAGUGAUUUGCACUGGCCCUGUGUUGCUAAGGGAGAACCAAAACCUUCUAUCAGAUAUCUUAAAAAUGGAGCAUCGUAUGGAAAAGGUGACUUAAUUAUCCGAGGUUUAACUUUGGAAGAUGCUGGAAUGUAUCAGUGUAUUGCCGAAAACCGUGUUGGAAUAAUACGUGCGAGUGCAGAACUAAAAGUCCUUGCUCUUGCGCCUACAUUUGAACUGAACCCUAUGAGAAAAAAGAUUCUAGCUGCAAAGGGCGGGCGUGUGAUUAUUGAAUGCAAGCCAAAAGCUGCACCAAAACCCAAAUUCUCAUGGAGUAAAGGCACAGAAUUGCUAAUAAAUAACACCAGAGUUUCAAUUUGGGAGGACGGCAGCCUGGAAAUCAUCAACAUAACAAAACAGGAUGAAGGAAGUUACACUUGCUUUGCAGAGAACGAUAGAGGAAAAGCAAAUAGCACAGGAACACUCUCUGUUACAGCUGCCACAAAGAUAACUCUUUCUCCGUCUAAUGCUGAUGUGACUGUUGGUGAAAAUGCUACAAUGCAAUGUCAAGCUUCCCAUGACCCUAUUCUCGAUCUUACAUUUAUCUGGCUUUUAAAUGGACUUGUCAUUGAAUUUGACCAAGAGAACAGCCAUUAUGAAAGGAACAUAAAGAAUGAAGCAGGUAGUGAACUCGUCAUAAAAAAUGUCCUGCUGAAGCAUGCUGGAAGAUACACUUGCACGGCACAAACCAUUGUUGACAAUUCAUCAGCUUCAGCUGAUCUUGUGGUUAGAGGUCCACCUGGUCCUCCAGGAGGUGUUCGAGUAGAGGAAAUCACUAGUACAUCUGUUAAACUUAUCUGGAGUAGUGGAACAGACAAUCAUCAGCCAAUUUCCAAGUAUACUAUUCAGGCAAAAAACAGUUUAUCUGAGGAGUGGAAAAAUGUAAAGACAGAAAUUCCAAAUAUUGAAGGAAAUAUGGAAACAGCACGAGUAAUAGAUUUGAUCCCUUGGAUGGAUUAUGAGUUUCGGGUUAUAGCAACAAACACAUUAGGAAUGGGAGACCCUAGUUCACCAUCACCAAAAAUUAAAACAAGAGGAGCUGCUCCUAUAAUCGCUCCAUCUGAUGUCAACGGUGGAGGUGGCAGUGACCGAGAACUGACAGUAACAUGGGUGCCUUUGCCACGAGAAUAUCACUAUGGAGAUAAUUUUGGCUAUGAAGUUGCCUUUAAAACGUUUAACGUAAGGGAAUGGCGAAUAGUCACUGUAACCAGUUCUGAGAGUGGCCGUUACGUGCAUAAAGAAGACUCAAUAACCCCUGCUACACAGUUUCAAGUAAAAGUUAGAGCGUACAACAGAGAAGGACAAGGCCCAUACAGCAGCACUGCCACCAUUUACUCAGCUGAGGAAGUUCCAAAAGAAAUCCCUACAAGAGUCACAAUCAAUGUUUUAUCAUCCUCUGAAGUUACAGUGUCAUGGCAACCGGUCGCCAAAGAAUCUAUUGAAGGGUAUCGGGUUCGUUACUGGAGAACUACAGAUAAAGAAGUUGCUGCAAAUCGUGUCGAAGUGAGAGCCCCAGAUUCUUUUGUGAAGCUUGAAGGCUUGAUGCCCUACACAACAUACUACUUAGAUGUCUUUGCAUUUAAUAGUGCAGGCAACGGCCCUCCAAGCACACGCCAUACUUUCCAAACAAAAGUAGCACCUCCAAGCCAGAGUCCUAAAAUUACCAGCGUUGUGCGAUCAGGCUCCCAAUACAUUAUCACCUGGGAACAUGUUGAUGCAACAACCAGUGGAUCUGAAGUGAAGGGGUAUAAAAUUCUUUACAGGCAAGAUGGAGAAGUAAAAGGUCCAAUGGAACCUACUGGAUCACAUUAUGUAAAAGUACCAGCCCCUAAAUAUGGAGAAUACAUUGUUGAGGUUCGAGCAUACAAUGAUGGAGGAGACGGAGCAGUUGCUGAAAUCAGAAUAUCUAGUGGUGCAACAUCAGUGUUAUCUAGUGUUUUUGGAAUCCUUCUACCAACAGUUGGAUUCCUACUGAUCCACUUGGAUUUCUAAAUGUAGCCACCGUAUGUUUAUGAUGUCCUGAGUGCAGUGGGCUCCUUUCACGAUUGCGAAGGAUAUGAUCAUUUUCUGAUUUCUACGACAACAUCUUAAGCCAAAAAGGAAAAAAAAAGAUAUAAUACCCUUCUGAUUUAUUAUGAACUUUAAACAUGAUAAAAACAUUCAGGAUCUCCACCGAUGAGAGAAUAAUUUUCAAGGAUAUUAAAUAAUUUUUAACUUGUUCCAAUAUGCCUUAUGAAACACUCGCCAAUCUGUGACAGUUGCAUGAUCAAACGGGGCAAGUUACAGUAUUAAAUUACAAUAACUUAGACUGUACAGUGGAAGCUAAGUCACCAUUCAUAGGUGAUUUAAACUUUAAUAACAAAUUGUGAAAUAUAAUAGAAAUACAAUUGUUAUAUAUGGUAUGUGUAAGAGUAACUACAUCUGUCUGUACUAUCUGUUUUGUGUGCUGCAUAUUUUUAAAUUGCCCCUGUCACUUAAAAGGUCCAGAUUACUAGAGAUUCAGCCAGAACAAAAGUUAUAUUAAACAGGAUUCCCUCUCUACAAUAAAUGAAUGUAAAGCCAAAAGGAAGAACAUAGUUUUAAAAUAAUUUAUAAUAUAUUCAGUAGUUAAUGGGUUUUAAGUAAUGUGCUUAAGACUUCAGAAGUACAAUUAUGUGCUUACAUUGUUUACUUCCCAAUUUGCACAUUACUAAUUAAUGCCUCACUGUAAAUAGUGCAAUAUAUGGCCCGAACGUGAAUGUAAAAGGAACCACUUACAAAGGUCAAAGAUAAUGUAAAUUCUAAAAAAAAGAACAAAACAACAAAACGUACAAUAAAGAAAAAAAAAAUCAUUCUUGUUUUGAAAAUAUAAUUUCAGUCAAGAAAUCAAACAUUACUAUUAUUAUGAAGUUUAACAAAUAGAAAAGUAUAAAUUAAACAAAGUUUAUAAAAGGCUUAAUUAUUUUCCAGUUCAUAAUUCAGAUAGAGCACGCAAUUAAAAACAAAAAAAUGUUCUCAUUUACUUCUGUUAUCAUAUUUCUUUUGUUCUCUUUCUUUACUUUGUCGACACACUUUUUAGCAGCAGUCCUACAAACAUUGUUGCAAACAUUGCUGCCAUAGAGUGUUUAAGACGUACACUCUUCUGAAGUUUUAUGAGCUUACCUAGGUUUACUCUUCAAUGAACAAUUCAAGAGAGCAAAGCAAAUUUGAUAAAAGAAGUAAAUUGGAACGUUGUUGAAAAUUAAAAUUACACACUCUAUCUGAUCAUCAAACUUUAAUUUUGAGUUUACUGUCCCAAACAUGGCAUAGACUUUAAUGGAUAAUUUAUAAUUUAAUAAAAUAUUAGAUUAGAGGUGGAUUAUGUUACAGUUGAAAAUGUUUAGCAGAAAAAAAAAAGAAAUAAAUUGUAACUUUAAAAACAACCAUAAUCUUUUUUUGUGAAGAUUUUUUUUAUAGAGGAAAAAAGUAUUUUCAACUGCAAUUGAAUCAAACCCGGAAUUUCCUAAUCACACUAUACUAUAUGACUGAUAGGUGACAUAGCAAAAUGUGACUAAUCUAAACUGGGUAUUAGAUUAAUAUCUGUCCUACUAUUUUAUUUUAUUUCUUCUAAUGUGAGAUAAAACUAACUAUUCUAAGCUUGUCAAUAUGCAUUUCGCUAAUCUCAUUAGAAGAAUCUGGAUCUGUAUUCGCUUAAUACGGUUCCUAAAUUAUUUUGUAUGGGCUUUUCCAUUUUAUCUAACACUUGUAAAGGCGGUAGUAUGUGCCAUCUCCCCUUUUCUUUUCUUUCAAUUCCUAAAAUUAAAGUUUUACUGUUCAAUCAUAAACAGUAUCUGUUCAUGUGGUACGACAAGGUGAGGUAAAAGUUGCUGUGACAAUAUUUCAUAAUGUUUGUGUAAAAUUUGAUGUGGAGACAGCUCUUGCAGUUGCAUCUAUUAUUAUAGAAAGAGAAAACGAUGAUAGUGAAUAUUUUAGAAUGACCACACAAACGUAUUGUAGUCAAAAAUCUAUUAUCCAUAUGAAAGCACAGCAUUUAAAUAUUAUUAUUUUUUUCAAUUGAAAAAAGAAUAAAAGAAAGAAAAGUGAAGUAAAAGUUAUUUAUAUGUAUCAGUACAUUCUACUAAUGCUCAUUGGCUAAUAAAUACUUCAUAGCAAACAUCACUGGCUGACAGUUAUCUCCUACUAAUGUUCAUUGGCUAAUAGCUAAUUCCUACUAAUGAUUACUGGUGGAUGCUCUUUCAUAUGGAUGAUGAAAAAUGUAUGACUACAAUGUCCCUUUAAUGAAAAUAAUGAAUGUGUUUGUUCUAACUUUGUCUACUUCUUUUUCUGUAUUGAUGAGUUCUAAAAAAAUCAAAUGUGUGCUACAGUAUUUCAGUUCAUGUGUGAAAGUUUUUAAGCUGGUUAAAGUAAUAGUGCAAUUGUUUAAAAAGAAAAUGAGAUGUAAUUCUUUUAUUAUUAUAAUCAGCACAAAUGUAUUAGCUGAUAGCUAUUUUAUCUUUAUAGAUCUACUACUAUAGAGGUAUUUAAUAAUAAAUAUAUAUAUAUAAGAAAGGGGAAAAAACUUUUUUUCUUGUGUACCCCAGUCUUUCAUUUUUAUAUUUUUUUUGUACAGUUAUAUAUAAUGCUUAGAUCAUACCUUAUGAAAAAUAUAAUUUUCAUAUUUUAUCAUUUAAACUGUUUUGUUUAUCGUAAAUGAAAUAGUGUGAUAUUAUUUUUACUACAAAAGUAGUAACAUCAUUGUUGAAAUAUUUUUAAGUCCUUAUUAUAGUCUUUCUUCGCAUAACUUUAUUGUGCUUUUUUAAAUAUGUUUUCUAAAUGUAAUUUAUAUUUUUAUUUGCCAAAAGUAUCAUUGCAUUUUGCUUUUCUAAUAGAUGAAAUAGGAAUGAGGAAUGUUUGCAUUUUAUUUGAUGAGUACUAAGAGAAACAAGGCACUUUCUAGUUGUGAAAUAGGAUUUAGUAAAACAAUGGAAUCCAAUUUUUUUAAUUUUUUUUAGCUUUACGUUGUUAGGACCUUAAACUUUCUAUGAAUUUAUUAACAAACAUAUCACCUGCAGCGUUAAUAAAGUCACAAUCAUUUUAAUUUUUAUAUCUUGGUUUUUGUUUUUUUCACUUUUUUUUCCAAUAUAGUUUAAUUGAAUAGACAGGGAGCACAUUAUUCCUUAUGAAUGAACAUCAGGUUACGUUUAAAAGUUAUCAGUAUUACUCACAAUGUAACUGCUGGCCUUUACAUUUACCAAAAUGUUUUGUUUUAAAAGAAAAAAAAAAUCUUCACCAAAAUAAAGACAUUUGACAAACAA